AUGCAUCGAGCGCAGCAAACAAUCCGCGUCGCGCUUUUCGUCGCGGCGCUCGUCGCAGUGGCGGUCGCCAACGACGAAAGACGACAAUCUUUGAAUUGCAAGAACAUCGCCAGGAACGUCAUAUUGAACAGCUGCAAGGGACGCAGGAUCAAACGAACCACCGAGGACCUCGAUCAGGAUAUAUUGGCUGACCAGAUGAAAAUUGACGCGGUAGAUACGGACAACGUGCCACCCAUGAUCCAACGAAAGCGACAAUGGGGAUUACCACCGAGACUGCCAGGUGGAUACUCGGGUUCAAUGGCGGGAAGCCAUCAUAUUACGGAAUUGGCGACUCCAUUAUUAAAUUUCUACGACGACCGUCAGACUGAUACGGUUAACCAACAGUUCGGACCCGAGGCUUACUUGCCCAUGCCAUACCAGCCUAUGGGAUCGAUGAUGAAUCCUGAAUUUAGGCAUUCUGAUCCUGACGAGCUUCUUGGCUACGACCUGAGCGCUGUAGAACUCGAGGAACUCCACAGGGAGAUGGGCGAAAGGAUGCCCAGGAAUUCCAAGGCUCUGAAUACGCAAAUUUUCCUGAAAGUUGCGAAGAUGUGUUGCCCUGACGAGAAGGUGUGCUAUAACAAUCCGGACGUAAUUCCGUGUAUGGGAUUCUGA